AUGGCAAACCAAGAAUUAGCAUGCGUCUAUGCAGCACUUAUUUUGCAAGAUGAUGAUGUUGCAAUCACUGGUGAUAAAAUUUCAACCAUCUUGAAGGCUGCACAUGUUGAUGUGGAACCAUUCUGGCCAGGAUUAUUUGCUAAGGCCUUGGAAGGAGUUGAUGUGAAGUCGUUGAUAACUAACAUUAGUUCAAGUGUUGGUAGUGGUGGUGGUGCUGCAGCAGGAGUAGCGGCACCUUCCGCAACAGCAGCAGCGGCAGCACCUGCAGCAGCUGCAGAAGAGAAAGAGGACAAGAAGAAGGAAGAGCCAAAAGAGGAAUCAGAUGAUGAUAUGGGUUUUGGUCUUUUCGACUAA